AUGGACUGGGACCAGUUUGACUUGAACCCCAAAGUAAUUGCUGCCCUCAAGAAAGCUGACAUAAAAUCAAUAAAAGAGAUUUUAAACCUUUCUGGAGCAGACUUGCAAAGACUGAUGAAACUCUCCAGUGCAGAUAUCCAGUGCUUGCUGAAAACAGUCUCUCACACGCUGAGGAGAAAUAGCAUGCGGACAGCCCUUCAGCUCUACCAGGACAGAGACCACCUCACCUCCCAGCACCAGAAGCUGAGCCUGGGGUGUUCGGUGCUCGAUACCUUGCUGAGAGGUGGCGUUCCUGUAGUGGGAAUCACGGAGCUUGCGGGGGAAAGUUCUGCUGGGAAGACUCAGAUGAGCUUGCAGCUGUGCCUUUGCGUGCAGUACCCUUACAGAUACGGUGGAUUAGAGUCUGGAGCUGUGUACGUUUGCACAGAAGAUGUGUUCCCAAGCAAACGUCUGCAGCAACUCAUCGAUCACCAACACGAGCUGCGUGCGGAUGUUCCGGCUGCAGUCAUACAGAAGAUCAAAUUUGGAAACAAUAUUUUUGUCGAGCAUGCAGCAGACCUAGACACCUUCCACAAGUGCAUCACCACGAGGAUUUCCCUCCUGCUCGCCAGAGGCAUGGUGCGGCUGGUGGUCAUUGACUCUAUUGCUGCCUUGUUUCGAUGCGAGUUUGGAGCUGCGGAUUCUGUUCUGAAGGCUCGGUAUUUGCAGACAUUUGGAGCACAGCUUCACAGUUUAAGCACGAGAUUCAGGACUCCAAUAAUGUGCAUUAAUCAGGUGACCGAUGCAGUGAGCGAGGCAGAAGCAGCUCAGUGCAGCUGUGGUGCAGCGGACAACAGAGUCUCUCCAGCGCUGGGAAUAACGUGGGCAAAUCAGCUGCUGAUGCGGCUGAUGGUCAGCAGGGCAGCACCGCCCGAGCACUCAUCUGGAGCUGUGAGGACUCUCAGAGUUGUUUUUGCUCCUCAUCUCCCUCCGUCCUUUUGCUGCUACACAGUCAAAUUGGAAGGUGUAAAAGGAAUUAAAUAA